AUGAGCAAGGAUCUUGAAUUAAUGUUUAGUCUUUUGCAGCAAGAGGUCGAAGAAUUCACUGCGGAACUUGCUUGCGAGGAUUUCGAUGAUCUUUCUCACACAAAUCACAAAAAUUUAGAAAUAGUUACAGGUUUUAAUCCUAUAGAAGUUACACCACAAAAAAGUAUAGAUUCUAUGAUAAAGGAAAAACCUUCCUUUUCAAUUAAUAAUGGUUAUAGCUCUUCUGAGAAAUCUAUUUCAAAUAAGGACUUACAUCUUGAUACUACGUUUCACCAAAAAUCAAAUUUUCCUAAAAAUUUGUCACCUGAAUCUUCAAUUAAUAAUACCAAACAAAUCAAUGUUUUUUCCUCUUCCGAAAAGUUAACAAGCUCUCCUUUGAACUAUUCGCGCCUUAGAUCAUUAUCAAACAGUAGUAAUAUUUCGGUGUCUACAUCUUCUCCCAUACCUUCUCCUAGGUCUAUAUCGAAAGUGGCCUUUAUUAUAAGCAGUGAUAGUGAAAAUGAUGAUGUCGUAUCGUCAUCGUCAUCGGAUGAUUCUUCGGAAAGUGAUGGUGAUAGCGAUGAUAGCCCUUUGAUAAUGACAAGAGAAAUUUUGUUGCCAAAGCAAUCUUCAUUAACAGAAUUGUCUAAUUCUUCCGAUAAUGAUCAAAAAUCCAUCAUUUCCAAAGAAAACGUUUCUAAAUCAUCCCAUGAGUCAAAGGAAGCUAAAAGAAUUCCAACAAUUGGUCGUAGUUUCAAUUCAUCCCUAAAAGAUUUCAUUGAUUCUCCUUCAACAUCACAUAAAGAUAAUGUAAAAUCAUAUGAUGAAAACCUCUCAUUUAACCCCAGAAUGAAUUCAAUCAAUUCAAGAACUCCAGAUAUCAAUUUGGAAGAAAAGCAAACGGUUAGAUCAAAAGUUCAAGAGUCAAAUUUAGAUAUUCAUGAUUCAUCCGUAAGGACCCAUCUAAAUAAGAAGUUUGAAAGAACAGACCAUUUGGAAAAUUCUUCUAGAUCAUUAAAGUCAAAAGAAAGGGGAAGGUCUAAAGAGCAAAAUUCUGACGAUCACAAGGAUCGAUCAGGUAAAUCAAGGGAGCACGAACCUCGUCCAAGGUCAAGUGAAAUUGGGUCAGAUGAGUGGGAAGGUAGUAAAUGCAGAGGAGAAAAUGGAGUAAAAGGAAUCCAAAUGCAUUCACGAGAUCAUGAAACAGAUACUAGGGAAAAAGCUAAAUCUAGGGUUCGUGGCAAUGAAAAUAGAAUACACAGAAAUCGUGAACCAUCUCAUGAAAUUGGAUCUGAAAAGACGUCGCAAACAAAUGAAUAUAGAACAAGAGCAAGGUCAAGAGUUCAUGGAGAAGAAGAACGUGGAAUGACUAAAUCUGGAGUUCAUGGGGAAGAAGAAAAUGGAAGAGCUAAAUCAAGAGUUCGUGGAGAAGAAGAAAAUGGAAGAGCAAGAUCAAGAGUUCGUGGAGAAGAAGAAAAUGGAAGAGCUAAAUCAAGAGUUCGUGGAGAAGAAGAAAGUGGAAGAGCAAGAUCAAGAGUUCGUGUAGAAGAAGAAAAUGGAAGAGCUAAAUCAAGAGUUCGUGGAGAAGAAGAACGCGGAAGAGCAACAAGAGUUCGUGGAGAAGAAGAAAAUGGAAGAGCUAAAUCAAGAGUUCGUGGAGAAGAAGAACGUGGAAGAGCAACAAGAGUUCGUGGAGACGAAGAAAAUGGAAGAGCUAAAUCAAGAGUUCGUGGAGAAGAAGAAAGUGGAAGAGCAACAAGAGUUCGUGGAGACGAAGAACGUGGAAGAGCCAAAUCAAAUAUCUAUGAAGAAGAAGAACGUGGGAGAUCUAAAUCAAAAGUUCGUGGAGAAGAAGAACAUGGGAGAACUAAAUCAAAAAUUCAUGUAGAAGAACGUGGGAUAGCUAAAUCUAGAACACUCGAAGAAGAACAUGGAAGAUCAAAAUCGAAACCAAGAGAACGUGAAGUUGAAGCUAGGAAUUACAAUAAAGAAAAUAACAAAUCUCGAACCAAUGAGUUAUGGGAUAAGGAAAAGCCUUUUCCUUAUCGUCGUGAAAAGGCGGAAACAUUUGUUGAAAGUAAAGCACCAAAAAUUACUGAACUUAAAAUUACCACACAAAUUUUUAUUGAAGAUGUUCGUCAAUAUAAAAAAUUGUCAAUAACAUCAAAUAAGACUGCAUUAGACAUUUUGAAUUAUUUCCGUAGUAAUGAUACAAUUCACGAGAAACGUCCAAUUAGGGAUUGGGAAUACGUUGCUACGGUAAUCGGAGCUUGGGAAUUAGAUAAACCAAAUGCACUUGUUUUGAAAAGAGAUGUAUUUAGGAGUUGUUUAACAUUAAAAGGAUUCAACAACGCCGUCCCACCUAUGUUUGGAUGGUUACAUUUGGAGAUUAAGAAAAAUAAGUGGCAAAAAAGGUACUUUUACACCAAAGAAGGAGUUAUAUAUCAUUCCAAGGAUUCAAAGGGGAAUAAUGAAACUUUCCUUUGUUCGCUUGCCAAUUUUGAUGUGUAUACCAUGACAAAAACUGUGAAAAAAUCUCCAACAAAAUUUAUUUUCGUUUUAAAAUCUCAAGAUAAAAUUGCAAUGUUUGAGAAUCCAGAAAAAGAUUAUUUACAUUAUUUGUGCGCAGAUCACAUGGAUAAGAAAAGAGACUGGGUAUUUAGUUUACGAGCUUCUAAGAAUAACUUGAUGCGUGCCGAAAAUCCAGAAAGAUUUAUUGAAAAGCCUCUAGAAAUUGUGAAAACAAAUGUAUCUGACAAUCAUGAUAAGUUGCGUUCGAAUACAGAUUCCGAGAAACCUUUGACCAGUGAAAAUUCUAUGGACUUGAAUGCGAACGUAAAUAAUGGAACUGCAGUUUCAGAAAAACAUAGAUCUAAUAACCAAUGGGAAAGUCUACGUAAAGCUGUUCGUAAUUCUUCGUCAAAACCAUUAAAAGGUAAAUUCGAAAAUUUUGUGGGAACCAUUUCUACGACGAAUGGAGAUCAACCAUUUAAAGGAGGUUCAUUGUUAGAUUUUGACGAAAAAAAUUCACCUAUAAAACAAGUUGAACUAGAGGGAGUAUCUUUUGUAAAAGGAUCGUUAUUGGCUUCAAAUGAUUCAUUAUUUGAACAGGCUAAAGAAAGAGAAAAACUUCGUAAAGCUAUGGGUGGUAUAGGAAUUAUCAGAGAUCCAAAUAGCACAACUUUUGUAAAUUUGGAUAAUUCAGUAAAAUUUAACAAAGGAUCUUUGUUAGGAAGAAAUAAUGACACAAUAUCCGAGAAUAAUAAUAAUUCAAAUCAUUUGAUUCAAAUCGAAGAUGGAAUAACAUUUAAUAAAGGGACUUUGUUAACGAAAUAUAAAGAAGGAACGUCUACAGGUCAUUUAAUACAAAUUGAAGAUGGGGUACAAUUUAAUAAAGGAUCUUUGCUAACUAAAGUUCAAGAAUCUAACGAGAGGAACAAUAAUUCACAAAGAUUAAAACCUCUGGGAACAUUAUUAAAAAUAGACGCACCAUUAUCAAAGAGUUUGACGACACAUAAUUUAUUAUCACCAACAAUGCUCACUAAUGGAAAAACAUUACUUGAACUAAAUUUAAAAGCUGAUGCCACACAUACAUUAUCAUUACGGAAUACUAACAUUAAACCUUUAUUAAAUUUUGUUCCGAAAGAAUAUGAUCAGGUAGAAGGGGUAAAAUCGCCAAGGAAUUUUAUAAAAUUUAAUGAGAGUGAGACUGAUAGCGAAUACUAUAGUAAUGGUGAUGAUAGUAAUUAG